GAAUCACUUUUAUAGCUAAAAGGAAGGAUUCGUGUCCAAUGCUCUUGUGAGAUCGAACGCUCUCUGGGUUCUUCCUGCAGAAGAUUUUUUUCUUCUUUCCUUUUGAGUACCGUGUUUUGAGAGGCACAGCGGAAGAAGAAAGACCCUAAUUUUUUAUAUUUGGAUUUGUAUCGAUGGCUUCGUUGCUGGCUCGCAAGUCCUUCAAUGCUCUCCGAGCUCGACAUCUCGCUUUUUCAGGGCAAGCUUUACAGGGAUCUCAUCUCUGUUUGCUACAGUCUCGUGCUAUAUCUUAUGGAAGCAACAAAGAUGAUAGAGAAGCUGAGCAGCUUGCUAAAGAGAUCUCCAAGGACUGGAGUACUGUCUUUGAACGGAGCAUCAACACACUUUUUCUUACUGAAAUGGUCAGGGGUUUGUCGCUGACCCUCAAGUACUUCUUUGAUCCAAAAGUUACAAUCAAUUACCCUUUUGAGAAGGGUCCAUUGAGCCCUCGCUUCCGUGGUGAGCAUGCUCUUCGUAGGUAUCCUACUGGGGAAGAACGCUGCAUUGCCUGCAAACUAUGUGAAGCUGUAUGUCCAGCUCAAGCAAUCACAAUAGAGGCAGAGGAGCGGGAAGAUGGCAGCCGCAGAACCACUAGGUAUGAUAUCGACAUGACAAAGUGCAUCUACUGUGGUUUCUGCCAAGAAGCUUGCCCUGUUGAUGCAAUCGUUGAAGGACCAAACUUUGAGUUUGCAACUGAGACACAUGAGGAACUUCUGUAUGACAAAGAGAAGCUUCUUGAGAAUGGAGAUCGGUGGGAGACAGAGAUUGCAGAGAAUCUGAGGUCGGAGAGCCUCUACCGCUGAAUAUAUAAUCUGAGUGCCUUUUGCUAAUUCUUCAGAAAACAUUUUCCUUGCUUCAGUUUACCAAUAAAGGAUACUUCAGCUUCUGCACUGUUAUCUGUAUUGCUUGUAAGUUCAUUACCGAUGGUAAAACCGAUUUUGGUUUAGUUUCCGGUUUGAGCUGGACCGUACAUUGUGGUAUAUACCAUACCAAGAACUUUUGAAAUGAAGUACGAUUCAAUGGUGUUGUUUGUUUACUCA